AACCAUAAAAAUACACAUAAAUAUCCUCGCUCACCAAAACCAGAAGCUCACUCUCUGCGAAUUGCGAUCGUUGUAAAAGAUGGCCAGGAAGUUCUUCGUCGGCGGAAACUGGAAAUGCAAUGGAACCACUGAGGAGGUGAAGAAGAUAGUGUCCACGCUUAACGAAGCCCAAGUGCCUUCACAAGAUGUUGUGGAGGUUGUGGUAAGUCCUCCAUUUGUUUUUCUUCCAUUGGUAAAGAGUUUGUUGAGGCAUGAUUUCCAUGUUGCGGCACAAAAUUGUUGGGUCAAAAAAGGAGGUGCAUAUACUGGGGAGGUUAGUGCAGAGAUGCUUGUCAAUUUGGGCAUUCCAUGGGUUAUUCUUGGCCAUUCUGAGAGAAGGCUUAUCUUAAACGAGUCAAAUGAAUUUGUUGGAGAUAAGGUUGCAUAUGCACUUGAAAAAGGUUUGAAGGUGAUUGCUUGUGUUGGAGAGACUCUUGAGCAGCGAGAAUCUGGAUCAACUGUGGAUGUUGUUGCUGCACAAACUAAAGCAAUUGCUGAACGAGUUUCGAAUUGGGCCCAUGUUGUUUUGGCCUAUGAGCCUGUGUGGGCCAUUGGUACUGGGAAGGUUGCUUCUCCAGCUCAGGCUCAGGAAGUACAUUUUGAAUUGAGGAAAUGGCUUCAUGCAAACACCAGUCCUGAAGUUGCUGCAACAACCCGGAUUAUUUAUGGAGGUUCUGUGAAUGGUGCAAACUGCAAAGAAUUGGCAUCUCAGCCAGAUGUUGAUGGCUUUUUGGUUGGGGGAGCUUCUCUAAAGCUGGAGUUCAUCGACAUUAUCAAGUCUGCUGAGAUUAAGAAAAGUGCCUAAGCUUGCACCGGGUAUGAGUAGGUGAGACUCUCAAGCUCUCAUAUGGGGACCUAUUGAAUCCGUGCAAUACAAAUUAAGAAUAACUUUUUUGAGAGAGUAAGUUCCGUUUUGUGUUCAAAUAAGCAUCUCAGACUGGCUUUUGUGUAUGAAUAAAGAUGACCAAGUAUUAACUUCUUUAUGCCUCUAACAAAUCUGACUGGCUUUUGUGUAUGAAUAAAGAUGACCAAGUAUUAACUUC